AUGCUGAACGAUGCAUUUCGGAAAGAGCUGCAAAAAUUUGAUGCGGAACGCGUGCUUUUCGCAUGGGACGGUCUCUUGCAGAAGCAACAGUCUACACUGGAAGGCCUCGGAGUACCAACUAUGUUCCCUUCUGAUUUGCGAGCCGAUAGAGAGAAACAACAGAGAGUAGUUCAAGUCUUGGAAGGUAUAGUGGGGUAA